GUGGUUUGGAACCAGGAGUCAACGUCAGACAGCUGUACCUAUUGCCACAGCAGAACUUCAAACAACUGAGAUGUUGUCGGUCACCAUCUCUGCCUGGAUAAUGCUCCUCUGGAGCCAUGGUUCCAGUGGAUCUGUAGUUUUGACCCAGUCCCCGGGCAUUCAGUCUGUGGCACCUGGCACCAUGGUGUCCAUCACCUGCAUAGCUAGUAGCUCUGUGUACUGUUCAACCCAUCGGGUGGAGGAGCUGUCCUGGUACCAGCAGAGAGACAACAGCGCUCCCACUCUCCUGGUCUCCAAAGUGAGUUCCCUGCAGGACGGUGUGUCCACUCGUUUCAGCGGGAAAGGCAACGGACUGACCUACACUCUGACCAUCAGCUCCAUGCAGAUAGAUGAUGCUGCCGUGUAUUACUGCGGACAGACUGCGUACACACCAUUCACACAGUGGCAACAACACACACACACACACACACACACACACACACACACACACACACACACACACACACACACACACACACACACACACACACACACACACAAUGUGUGUCUGGCCAGCGGGGGAUUCCCCUCAGACUGGCGCCUGGGCUGGAAGGUGGAUGGUGACAGCGCAGAGGGGGGUGUCAGUCGCUUUGGACCGGGGAAGGAUGGCCUGUACAGCUGGAGCAGCACACUGACUCUUCCCUUCCAGCAGUGGGUCAAGGGGAUCUCAGUCACCUGUGAGGCCAAACAGGGCUCCCAGUCACCGGUCACUCAGACCUUGAAGAGAGAUGACUGCUCCUAGAGUGGCUUCAGUCACUCAGUUUCAACACUCCGUCUGGUUUUCAGAUGGAUUGCGUGCGGCUUUGUAUGUGUACCUCAAUGUUUAUGUUUUGCUUAACAUUGCUAUAUUGAUUUCAUCAAUAAAUCCUUUUUUCACAUU